AUGCCACACAUCGAUGAGGCUGUCUCAAUGGAGGUGAAGGAGCUGUGGCGGCCCUCAUCUCCAGAAAAAACCCAGAUCUACGAUUUCAUGACUAAAGUGAACAAGAAACAUGGAUUGUCUCUGAGGGACUACAACUCCCUCUGGAAAUGGAGUGUGUCAGAGCCCGCCCAGUUCUGGGAAGAGAUCUGGCACUAUACCCACGUCCUGGCCCACGAGUCAUACACACGGGUACUUGAAUCAGACGGGCCCAUGUUUCCUCGUCCUGCAUUCUUCCAAGGGAGCACUCUGAACUUUGCCGAGAAUCUCCUUUACCCGGCCUGCGCUCCUGAUGAAAAUUCUAUUGCCGUGAUUGGCGCCACAGAGGCGGACCGCGAGUUUAUCUCCUGGAAGGAGCUGCGUGAACGUGUUCGUAAAUGCGCUAACGCUCUUAGACAAACUGGUCUUCAGACUGGUGAUCGCGUGGCGGGCUUUGUCGGCAACCAUGCUAAUACCGUCGUGGCGAUGUUGGCCGCGACGUCCAUUGGUGCUUUCUGGACUGGAGUGUCGCCGGACACUGGCGUUCAUGCCGUGCUUGAGCGUCUCAAGCAGAUUCAACCCAAGGUCCUCUUUGCAGACAAUGCUUCGCUGUACAAUGGCAAGGUUCAUGGCUCGCAUGCUAAGGUGCGCGAAAUCGUGAGCGAGCUGCCCGACUUAGAGAUCUUGGUUGUCUUUGAGACUGCCAAGCUCCUCGACGUUGACAUUGAGGAACUCCGUCCUGUGAAUGGAAAGGUCCAUACCUACGCCGACUUCCAGAAUGGUGUUUGGGAUCAGGAUGCACCUCUGAAAUUUGCCAGCUUGACACCCGAACACCCGGUAUAUAUUUUGUACUCCUCGGGCACCACCGGAGCACCCAAGCCCAUCGUCCAUGGAUCUUUGGGUACGCUGUUGCAGCACAAAAAAGAACAUCUUCUUCACUGCGAUAUCCGGCCUGGUGAUCGGCUGUUCUAUUUCACCACGACAACUUGGAUGAUGUGGCACUGGCUGGUGUCCGGUUUGGCCAGUGGUGCGACCAUUAUUUUGUAUGAUGGUUCUCCAUUCCGACCUUUUGAUGCUCAAGGGGGCAACGGAGAGAUGGCUAUGCCUCGACUGAUUGAUGAGCUUCAGAUCACCCACUUCGGCACAUCCGCCAAGUAUCUCUCGAUGCUGGAGCAAGCGGGACUCAACCCUCGUAUGCAUGCUCACGGCCCGGUGUCUCUUAACACCCUAAGAGCCAUUUUCAGCACUGGGUCACCCUUGGCUCCUUCGACUUUUGAGUACAUCUAUUCGUCAAUUCACCCUGAUAUCAUGCUAGGCUCUAUCACUGGGGGCACAGACAUAUUGUCUCUGUUCUGCUCAGGCUGUCCAAUCCUGCCCGUCUACAAGGGCGAGAUUCAAUGCCGUUCUCUUGGAAUGGCUGUCUCGGUUUUUGACUACGCUGGCAACGAUGUUAGUGCCUCUGGCGAACCGGGAGACCUCGUUUGCACGGUCCCUUUCCCGGCACAGCCGGUCAUGUUCUGGCCACCCGGUCCCGUUGGCCAAGAGAAGUAUCGAAAGAGCUAUUUCGACGUGUUCGGUCCUUCAAUCUGGCACCACGGAGACUUUUUACGUUUAAACCCAGAAACUGGUGGCGUGAUCAUGCUGGGCCGUAGUGACGGCGUGCUCAAACCCUCCGGCGUGCGCUUUGGCAGUGCCGAGAUUUACAACGUCUUGUUGAAGCACUUUGCUGAUGAGAUCGAAGACUCUUUGUGUGUUGGUCGGAGAAGGGAAGGCAUCGACACAGAUGAAACGGUUGUCCUCUUCAUGAAGCUUGUGCCGGGCAUUGCCGCUAGCGUGUCUGACCUUUCGAAGCGCAUUCAAGCUGUAAUCCGCAAGGAGCUGAGUCCUCGCCAUGUUCCUGGCAUCAUUGAUGCCUGCCCCGAAAUUCCUGUGACGUCCAAUGGCAAAAAAGUCGAGAACGCGGUGAAGCAAAUUUUGUGUGGACUGAACAUUAAGAUCGGAGCAAGUGUUGCCAAUGCCUCCUGUCUGGAUUGGUAUCGCAACUGGGCCUCGGAGCACCCUUAA